UAUCCGAAUGCGAUAGAUUGUCUAUUGGGAAACAGAGCAUGGCCGUGACUCGUUGUAAGUCAACUUGGAUGUUGUGACCGUGGAUAUAAACCUCCAUAGGUUCCUCCCCGAUAUCAUGAAGUUUAUCUCCAUCCUCAUCAAACUCCACACAUUCUUUUCUUCGGUCCAGAUCCAGUAAUCUACCAACUCCGUUCAUUCUUUUCAACAACACAUCCGUUUCAGUCACUACCUUACCAACUACCCAAAACCCAACCCGUCCAAACCGCCAAAAUGCAGUUCUCCAUCGCCAAGGUUGCUUCUCUCUUCGUCCUCCUCUCGGUUGCUUCUGCCGAUCUUCACGACAACUGCGCCUGUGACAACGGUGACAGCUACAACUGGCGCAUCACCACCAAGGCUUGCGAGCUUUACGCCACCAAGAACUACCAGUGGGGCAAGGGCACCUACAACACCGAGACCGGACGCUGCGUCCAGAACUCUUCUAGCGAUAAGCUCGCCGGUAAGGAGUGGGAGGCUGCUUGCCGCGAGAUCGCCACCACCGGCUUCGACUGCGCCGACGGCAAGGGCCUGUACUGCAAGGCCAACCCCGACGACGUCCGCGGCCGCUGCUAAGCGUCUCUCGCCUAGAGAUAUCCUGCGGGGCCCAAAGAUUCGGGAAGCCAUCCUCUCCUCCUUCACACUAGCAAGCCCAGCCUGUUCAUAAGGCUGGAUAAAAUCAGCCCAGUCAUCAUGCACUCCACACCCA